CUAAGCCCCAUUUGCUAAUCCACCACUUAAGCAAUUAUCUCCUUCUCGUCUUUGAAGAGUCACAUUAUCGCUUUUUGUGCUACUAAGCAAAAUGGCCAGCUCAAAGAAUGUCCUCCUUCUUGCCCUUGCAUUUGCUCUUGUUCUAUUCAUAUCCUCUGGGGUCUCAUCUCGUGAAGUGGAGGCGGUUCCUACCCAGAAGGAUGUGCAAGCAGACGGAAAUGGACAUGGACGCGGAAAUGGAUACGGACAUGGACGCGGAAACGGAUAUGGGAACAAAGGGCAUGGCCGGGGAAACUAUGGUCAUGGUGGCCACGGCCACUCUGCAGGUCAUGGUGUUGCUGCUGAGACACAAGCAGAAAAUGGAAAGUGAAGACGAAAUACAUAACCAAGAAAAAUAAAUAAAGUUUAAUAAAUAUGACAAUAAAGUUUGCGACAUAGGUUUGCUUUCAUCUUCCUAUGAUCGAAAUUGGCUAAGGAAACUUGAUUGUCAUGUAAAUUAGUUUCCUUGUCUUCAUCUUUGUAGUGCCCCUUUAAUCAUGUUAUGAUCAAUUCUCGUUGUUCUA